AUGUCCUUUAACAAUUUGCUUGAGGUAGAUCCGGAGAAAUUGUUUCAAACAUUCUCCGUGGCUGAAGUAGACCAAGUGCAGAAAAAACUUCAUCAUGAAAUUGAAAGAAAAAAGGAAGAACUUAGAGCUAUGGUGGGGGAAAGAUACAGAGAUCUUAUUCAUGCAGCAGAUACAAUAGAGGACAUGAAAUCAACAACAUCAAGUAUAUUAAAUCACAUCAAUGAUAUGAUAGUCAUAUGUAAAAACUUGCAUGAGACCCAUCUGGUUGGUUUCAAGAUACAAGAACAGCCAUCACAGAUAAGUUUUCAGGCUAAUGCAGAUCCGGUAACUAGCAUUUCUGUUCAGAUAAAGUUGCUUAUGGAAAUACCAGAAAAAAUAUGGAAGUGCAUAAAUAAGAAUGAUUUUGUGAAGGCAGCGCAACUAUUUAUCAUGGCAAGACAUAUAAAUACUGGGUUACAGCUUCAACUUGGUAAUAGAAAUGAAAAACCAAUGAUGCAGUCAUUGCAAAGACUUGUACAGCAACAGUGGAACUCAAUCAGCAAUUUGAGUCAGACUAUUAUUGAUAUGUGUGGACAACGAUUACAGGAUGUUGAUAUUACUGUUGAGGUUGCUUGUUCUUGUCUAGUCGGUCUUUACUUACUUGACUCCCAAGUGAUGGUGGAUCUUUUGAAUAUAUUAACUAAUCUUCAUAGUAGAAAUAGUUUGACCACAGCACUGCAGUUUGACUUGCAUAAGAUAUUAGAUGGAGAUGUGAAAGCACAGAUUAAAAAUAAGAUUGUCAGUGGAGUUAGGAUAGUCAUAAAAACCAUUGAGCUUAUAUAUGCCUGUUUUGUUGAGAACAAAGGUGGUGUAGUUUUAGAGAAGCUAGAGGAAUUGUAUGGCAAAAAUUCUGAGCCAUUAUUGAAGCUUGUUGAAUUCAGUGACACUAAUGCAUUAAAACAUUUACCAUCAGUUAUAUCAAAUUACAAAUUAUCUAUGAAUAAAUCAAUUGAAGCUUUAAAUAGUGAAGAGAUUAAGACUUGUGUGGAGAACUGGAGUCUGUCUAUACAGCAUUGCAUAAACGACAAUGUUAGUGCGAUUCUGCAAAGUGUAUCACGCAUUCGUGUGUUACACGAAAUUCGCGAAGAAGCCUUUAAAAUCGAGGCCCCGCAAAACUGGAAUACAAUAUGUGAAUCGCUUAACAUACCCCAAGUCCAUAUAUGGGUUAGCUACUUCCAACCCCUACUUACAGCAAGAGUAAAAUUUAUUGUAGAUAGCCGAUGGCAAAAGAUAUAUGACACAUUCAAAACUCAGCUCCUCGUUGAUUUGACGAAGGUAUCAGCAGAGAGCGAGAUUGAGAAAGAAGCUAAUAUCAACUGGUUUAUUUGGAAAGACCUCAUAGGGGAUACAAUCAUAGAGUCCAGAAAUGAAGUUGUAACAGUCAUGAAUUCUCUUAUGAAAGGAAUGUCGCGCCAAGAUCACGGCUUCACUCCAAACAUGGAGAAACUGUGUAAAAGUCUUGAGGAUGAACUACAAAAAUUGCUUGAUGAUUUAAAAGAGUAUCUGUACUUGGAGAGGAAAAGAGAUAGGCUUGUCCCGUUGCUCGAAGAGGAAGAGAGAUGGGAACAGGUUUACACAGAUACAAUGGAAAUUGAGGAGUACUUGUGUGAUGUUCCGGACAAGUACAUUGAAAGUAUGUUAACCUACAUAAAGGCAUGUUUUGAAGAACCGACUCUACAGUCCACGGAACUGCAGCGAAAAACAACUGCAAUAUAUACAGCUCGAUUCGUUCAAGCUAUUACGAUACUUAUUCCGAAUGUACGACGGUGCUAUAUCCCAGAUAAUAAUGAUACUGCGAUGUUAGACGAGGCGAGUACAAAACGUUGGGGAAAAGUUUGCGAUGUUAUGAAGGAAAACUGUCAGUAUUGCUGGGGAAAGUGGUUGGAUAUAGCUGUGAUAAAGGUCAAGGACUUGACCAAUGGUCUACCGCAAGGAUUCAGUUUGGAGGAGAAUAUUGACUAUUUGAUGAUGCAAUGGGACAUAAUAAAGAUUGUCGAAAAGGACGACGAAGGCAAUUCCAUAGAGUCCACUAUAAAGGUGCCCGCUGGCCCGUCUCUUAAGGUCCAAGAAUACUUAUACACUGUUAGCAGACUAUUAGACGAAGUUAUACCACACACGUUGCCCUUAGAAAUUCAUACUAAAUUCGUAGAUCAGAUUACAUCUGUCACCUUCGCACACUAUAACACUGUGAUAAGAGAGAAAGAGGCAGAGAUAAAUCAAAGGUGCGCUCUUCAAUUGCUGAUGGACGUACGACAUUUAACGUUACUGCUGGUGCCUAGAGAGAACAAAAAGUACGUGGAGAUGUCUCAAGAUAUAUGCGAGUUUCUGAGGGAGAAGAUCGAUCCAUUUGACUAUGAUGUGUUCUAUCCAUACAUUCAGACGAAUUUGAAACGCUCCGUGCAGAGGGUUCAGACACUACUAGGUAGUCUCGUCUUGCAUCAUGGUCAACUCCUAGGAAUUAUCAGCACAAAGCCGGUAACAUCUGGUGGCACAGGAGAUAAAGCGGCGAACAUACUGGCCUCUGCCGACACCCAUUGGUUCUCUGUUCUCCCUGUGGCCACACCCGUUACACCGCAUAAGAAACAGGAUAAGCCGAUGAAAAAGAAGCAAGCCCCAUCGUCCAGCCCCAACAAAUCCCGAUCAGAACUCACUGACCUGAUGUCGAACUCGAUACCCAUAAACUUCGCAAACGCGCGCUCUGGUGCCGCCUCAUUUUUCAACUCUAUGACAUCAGAUUGGUUUAGCGGAUAA